GUUUUCUUCUCGGUCCUCUCCAUUAUUAAAGGCCUCUCUUUGUGAAUCUAACACUUGUGCAGCGAAGCACUCCCACAUUUACAUUUUGCAAACAAAACAGGUCACCACUACUGGUAAACAACAUUGAAAAAAUGGAACGAUUACAACACCUCUUGAUCUCAUUGUAUCUGCUUAUUCUCUCCAUCAAUUUAACCACAACCACAGCUCAAUCACCUGCGCCCGCUCCUGCACCACCCGGCCCCACUAAUGUCAUCAAAAUACUCAAAAAGGCUGGCCACUUCAAGACCUUCAUCCGCCUCUUGAAAUCCACUCAAUUGGACAGCAAUCUAAACUCCCAACUUGGCAACACAAACAAUGGUUUGACCAUCUUUGCUCCAAGCGAUAGUGCAUUUUCAGCCCUUAAAACAGGCACUCUCCGCACCUUAACUGAUCAAGAGAAGGUCGAGUUGAUGCAGUUUCACAUUGUCCCUAUGUUCAUCUCAUCUUCCCAAUUUGAUACCGUGAGUAGCCCUUUAAAAACACACGCUGGAUCUGGUGCUAGGUUUCAGCUUAACGUUACCGCCAGUGGGAACUCCUUGAACAUAUCUACAGGACUUACCAACACCACCAUUUCUGACACUGUAUACACGGACACCAAUCUUGCUAUAUAUCAGGUUGACAAGGUGCUACUUCCUUUGGAUAUAUUUACCCCUAAACCUCCACCACCGGCACCGGCACCGGCACCAAAGCUUAAAGCAGAGUCAGAGAGCCCUGAUGAUGGUGUUUCUAAGAAGGAUAUUUCUAGCGCUGUAAGUUUUAUCAUGUAUCAUGAUACGGUGUUCUUUAUAGUUGGUACUGUUGUUGCAAUAUCGUUUUCUUUGUGACCAGAAAAAGCCUAGGAACCAUGUGAUAAGGACAGCUUGUCCUGGAUUUGGUCCUCGUAGUUGACAUAAAAACUUGUUGCCUGAAAAAGAGUGAAAAAAAGAGCGGGAGUUCUCUAUAUGUUAUUACAGGAAACCUUCGAAAGCUAGAUGCCUCAAGUUGCUGCUUGUCAUAAAGAAAGUUGGUAUCACUUCUAUAAGUUCAUUGAUUUAUUCAAAAUCUCUUUGUCUAGUACUUUCGUUGGUGGUGUGAACGUGGGUGCUGCCAUUGCCAUCUUCUAAACUUUUCUACAAA